GUUGGGCAUUGCAGUGCUCCAGGGCAGGUGCCUGGUCAGUCUUCUGAGAUGGCGUCUAUCAACCCGUGGACCUCCUGGAGUGUCCUUACAGACCAGUCUUGGGGCAUGACAGCUGUUGACCCAUGGGCCUCCUGGGCUCUGUAUCCUCAGAAUACUGCUUGGCACGUUGAGGGGAGCCCGGAGGAGGAGAGGAGGGCCACCAGGCUCCCAACAGCCCAGGUCCAGGAACCAGUGACCUUCAAGGAUGUGGCAGUGGACUUCACCCAAGAAGAGUGGGGGCAGCUGGACCUUGUUCAGAGGACCCUGUACCGUGACGUGAUGCUGGAGACCUAUGGGCAUCUGCUCUCUGUAGGUAAGGGAACCAGAUCACCAAGCCUGAAGUCAUUUCCCUCUUGGAGCAAGGAGAAGAGCCAUGGUCGAUGGAGCAAGCAUAUCCUCAAAGUACUUGUCCAGAAUGGAUGAGAAGUCUUGAAAACAAAGCAUUGAUCCCAACCCAGAACAUUUUUGAGGAGGAACAAUCCCAUGGCAUGAAAUUGGAAAGAUACAUAUGGGAUGAUCCUUGGUUCUCCAGGUUAGAAGUUUUGGGAUGUAAAGACCAAUUGGAAAUGUACCACAUGAACCAAAGUACGGCCAUGAGGCAAAUGGUCUUCAUGCAAAAGCAAGUGCUAUCUCAAAGAAGCUCUGAAUUCUGUGAACUUGGGGCAGAAUGUAGCCAGAACUUAAACCUUAUUCCAUCUCAGAGACUUUCUCAAAUAGAACAUUUCUAUAAACCUGAUAUACAUGCUGACAGGUGGAGAUGUAACUCAGCACUAAUGUAUGCAGAUAAAGUUACCUGUGAAAAUAAUGAUUAUGACAAAACCUUCUAUCAGUCCAUUCAGCCUGUUUACCCUGCAAGAAUGCAGACUGGAGAUAAUCUUUUCAAAUGUACUGAUGCUGUUCAAUCUUUUAAUCAUAUAAUACAUUUUGGUGAUCAUAAAGGAAUGCAUACAGGAGAAAAACUCUAUGAAUAUAAGGAAUGUCAUCAGAUAUUUAACCAGAGCCCAUCAUUUAAUGAUCAUCCAAGACUUCAUAUUGGAGAAAACCAGUAUGAUUACAAAGAAUAUGAGAAUAUCUUUUAUUUCUCAUCCUUUAUGGAACAUCAAAAAAUUGGUACUGUAGAGAAAGCAUAUAAAUACAAUGAAUGGGAGAAAGUCUUUGGGUAUGACUCGUUCCUUACUCAACAUGCAAGUGCUUAUACUGCAGAGAAACCCUACGAAUAUAAUGAAUGUGGGACAUCUUUCAUAUGGAGCUCUUACCUUAUUCAGCAUAAGAAAACUCAUACUGGAGAGAAACCCUAUGAAUGUGAUAAAUGUGGUAAAGUUUUUAGGAAUCGUUCAGCCCUUACUAAACAUGAACGGACUCACACUGGAAUAAAGCCCUAUGAAUGUAAUAAAUGUGGAAAAGCCUUUAGCUGGAAUUCUCAUCUUAUUGUACAUAAGAGAAUUCAUACAGGAGAAAAACCUUAUGUUUGUAAUGAGUGUGGGAAGUCUUUCAACUGGAAUUCACAUCUUAUUGGACACCAGAGAACUCAUACUGGAGAGAAACCUUUUGAAUGUACUGAAUGUGGGAAAUCAUUCAGCUGGAGCUCCCAUCUUAUUGCCCAUAUGAGAAUGCAUACUGGAGAGAAACCCUUUAAAUGUGAUGAAUGUGAAAAAGCUUUUAGGGAUUACUCAGCCCUUAGUAAACAUGAAAGAACUCACUCUGGAGCAAAACCAUAUAAAUGUACUGAAUGUGGAAAAUCUUUCAGCUGGAGCUCCCAUCUUAUUGCCCAUCAGAGAACUCACACGGGAGAGAAACCCUAUAACUGUCAGGAAUGUGGCAAAGCAUUCAGAGAACGCUCAGCACUCACUAAACAUGAAAUAAUUCAUUCUGGAAUUAAGCCCUAUGAAUGUAAUAAAUGUGGAAAAUCCUGUAGCCAGAUGGCUCACCUUGUUAGACAUCAAAGGACUCAUACUGGAGAAAAACCCUAUGAAUGCAAUAAAUGUGGAAAGUCCUUCAGUCAGAGCUGUCACCUAGUUGCUCAUCGGAGAAUUCACACUGGUGAGAAACCCUAUAAAUGUAAUCAAUGUGAAAGAUCCUUUAACUGUAGCUCUCACCUUAUUGCACAUCGGAGAACUCAUACUGGAGAGAAACCAUAUCGGUGUAAUGAAUGUGGGAAAGCAUUUAAUGAGAGUUCUUCCCUUAUUGUACACUUGAGAAACCAUACUGGUGAAAAGCCCUACAAAUGUAGUCAUUGUGAGAAAGCUUUCUGUAAGAAUUCUUCCCUUAUUAUUCAUCAGAGGAUGCAUAGUGGAGAGAAACGCUUUAUAUGCAACGAAUGUGGAAAAGCCUUUAGUGGGCACUCCGCCCUACUUCAACACCAGAGAAAUCACAAUGAAGAGAAACUGAAUUGAAUUGAUGUGAGGUUUUUCUUUUAUUGUACAUUUGAUAACUCAUUGAAAAAACUAGAAAUAUAAUCAAGAGGGGACACUUCAUUGGAAGUUCAAUAAGACUUCUAUUAUUUAAUAGAAAAUAUCUUCUUAGAAGAAACCCUAUAAAUGAAAAGAAUAGAGAAAAGCUUUCAGCAGUUAUGUAGCCCUUAUUCAAAAUCAGAUAAUUACAGUGAAGGAAACUCUAAACUCCACCAGGAAUCCAUACUUGAAGAACAUGACUGUGGGGAAUGAGGCAUCUUUUAGCAAGAGCUUUCACCUAUUUAUAGAUUUGUGUGAAUUUUUAAAGGAAAAACCUUAUGCGGAGAAAAGUGUCUUGACUGGAAAUAUACUGUUUGCAUCAAGCUAGAAUAUUAGAUGGAAAACUUUAACACUCUGUGUGUGAUUAUAGAAAUACAGAUUUUGCUAUUGUAAGAUUUUGCUAUUUCUAGGUGCCCUUUAAGAAAUAGAAUAUGAAAUACUAAAUCUGAAUUUAAGAAUAAAAUAGUAUUGAAUGGGGUAUUUACUGUUGAUCAAGAUUAACCUCUUUAGCAAAGAUCAGUAAAUGAAAUUACUAAUGGUGGAAAAGUUAUUGCCUAGAAGUAUGAGACUCAUGUUGUUGGACAAAAGGUAAUACUUAAUAACCCAGUGUGUCAGUGUCCAUUGUUUACUCAUUACUUCAUUGUUGGGCACUUAGUUUGUAAUUUUUUAGGUAAUCACUAUGAAUUAUAAUUAUGGACACCACUUCAAUAUAUGUAACGUGAAGGAAUAAAAAGGUCACAGGAUUGUAUAUACAUAUUUACCAUGUCCAAAAAACAUGUAUUUGGAUAAGAACCUGAGAAAUUAACUCAAUUAAUUUAAGAUUAAAAAAAGUUUUACAAAUACAUAUAGCACUUACAUUGUGCUAGGCUUUGUUUUAAAUGCUUUCCAAGUAUUAACAGUCCCCUUAACUCUAUUAGAUAAGUACUAUUAUUAUCCCAGUUUUACAAAUGGGGAAACUGAAGCAGAAAUGUUGAGGAACCUACCCAAGGACCGCAACUAGAAGGAGUGAAGCUGAGAUUAUUUGGCUUCAGAGUUUAUGUUUUUAACCACUGUGUUAUGCUGCCUCUCCAGUGAAUUUUUUUUUGUAUUUUUUUCCCUUUUGUUUGGUGUUUCUAUAGUUGAGAUUUGAUAAUAAAAAGAAAAUUCUAAACAAUGA